UCGUCAUCCACAAGAAGACGUCAUUAACAAGCUUUUUUCCCCCUCUCGUGCUUGCUUUUUACUUUUCGAUUCCAAUUACAUUUCUCCAUCCUAUUUCUCACUCAUUUCUUCAAGCCCAAUCGUUCCGCUCGGCGAUCUCAGAUUCAUUCGGGGUCCAACGCAGUUUCUCCUAUCAUUGAAAGCUCUCGUCUGUCUUUAAACAGUUUCAUGUCUUUAUAGAUUGAGAAUAUGCAGCAAGGAACAUCAUCCUUAAAUCCAAAUGCAGCAUCAUACAUACCACUUUUUAAGCAAGGAGCAAAUAUUGAGGGUAAAGUUUCUGGGUUAACAACAGAAGAUUCUUUGAAGAAUGGUUAUAAGACUUCUUGGUCCCGUUGUCCUCCUGAAGGCUACAGUGGAAUUGAUCAGAGAUAUCUCCAAGCUGGUAUGGAUUAUGACAUACAUAGCUUCAAGGGUCCUCUCAUUGGCAAUGAAUUCAUGGAGAAGGGUCUACCUACGUCCAGUGAACUGACAAAAAAGCACUCCAUAGAUGAAGAUUCGGAGAUGGACAUGGCUUAUCUGACAAUCAUGUUCCCCAAUAUGUCAGAACAGUCCCUUGCUGAUGUUUACUCUGCUAAUGCGGGUGACCUAGAAGCCUCAAUUGAAAUGCUGAAUGAACUAGAGCUCUGUCCUGUUGAUUUUUCAGAACAUCUGCCGGACAGCUUGGACAUUGGUGAUGUGUCAGAACAGAAAGUUACCGAAGGUUCUUAUUCAAACCUGAAGAGCAUCUUCCCAGGGGACGCCAGUUGGUCUUCGGCUGGUCCCUCUGAUCCGGGCUCCUAAGUUCCUAUCUGCAUCUGCAUCUGAUAAAAAGAUUGAUGUAGAGGGGGAGAGAGAGUGGCUUCCUUCUUAGAAGUUGUAGAUAGGUAAGAAUUAGGAUAAUUCGGAUAUAAUGAUUGGAGUUUCUUUCCCAAUAUAUGUUGUAAAGCGUCACUGUUCCAUUUUCUGUCCUAUAUUUCUUUACUGGUUAUCCCUUUUAUCUCAAGUCUUUGUCCAGUGCAAAGAUAUAUAUAUAUCUUAUUUACAUA